UUUGAAACAAAUUACAGAUAGUUUUCAUGUGGAAUGCAACAUGAUAUUGAAAACGAAAAAUUUGUUUUACAACUCGUAGGAUAUAUGUUAAAAUUUUGAAACGCUAGUUUUUCUAACGAAAUUGUUGAUAGUGUAAGCUAUCUUGUUAUCAAUGUUUUUAAUCGUAUAUGAAGCGUGGAUUUAUACUAUUGUAUAGAACUGAGACAAAAACUGAUCCCAGUAACAAGUUAUUCCACGUGAAGUAGUUUUAAUAAUUUUAACAUUAAAAGGAUAAAGCAAACAAAAUCAAAUGAGUUCCUUGGAAGAUUUUUUUAAAACCAUGCCACCAGUCACACGAGCGUUGCUCGUGGCAACUUUUAGUGUCACUAUCGGUGUAGUAACACAUGUUAUAAGUUUGGACUCAAUUUUUUUAAAUUGGGAACUGGUUUUAUCAAAAUUUCAAAUUUGGCGCGUUUUAUCAGAAUUUUUUUAUAUAGGACCUUUCAGCAUUUCGUGGUUAUUUCAUAUGUACUUUUUUGUUCAAUAUGCUUCGAAAUUAGAGAAACAUUCAUGUUUUACAUACCCUGCCGCACAAUCAGGAAGCUUUCUAUACUUUAUUAUUCUUCAAAUGCUCUUCCUUAAUUCGUUAUCGCUUCUUUUUUUCUCUUCUUAUCGUACUCCUUCCCUUGCGUUACCUUUGCACUUUGCUGUGAUUUACUAUUGGUCUAAAAUGGAAGCUUUCCAGCAGGUAUUCCUCUGGGGAUUUCAACUUAGUGCGUGGCAACUACCUUACGCUCUUCUUGUUUUGAAUUUUUUGCUUGGACAAUCUAUCAUGCAAGAUUUGCUAGGAUUAUUUAGCGGUCAUAUGUACUACUUUUUAAGGAAUGUAUUACCUGCGGAAAACAAUAUUCAUAUUUUAAAAACAACUCCUCAUUUUUUAAAUAAACUGGCUGAUUCAAUGGAUAUUUUCAAGUUAAAUCGACACAGUUCUAAUUUCCCUUCUUUUUCUAACCCGCCACCUAGUGGGACACAAAGCAGGGCAAGUGGCGUAGCUACAUUAUUUCACGGUACUCCACACUCUUCUAAUCACCACGCGUUCCCUGGAAAAGGAUUAAGUGUACGAGAUUCAAUUGGAGUGGAAUCUUCAAAAUAAGCUUUCUCAAUAAAAUCAAGUAGUUAAUGUUUAGUUCUUCGUGUAAUGUAUUAUUUGCUAACGACAAAACAAAAAGUGUUAUGUCGUCGUUGUGUGAUAUCGGAAAUUCGAGUGUCCCGUCAUUUGAAGGUAUGACUCGAACUACUUUAGGGUUAUAACUUUUACGUGUAGUACCAAACAAAAAAAG